AAAUUCUUAAUUAAUUUAUGUAAAGGAUGAAUUUUAGUUAUAAGGUUGCCUUUUCGAUGCCUUUUUAUAUUAAUUUUCUCUGCAGAGGUAAAAAAAAUUUAUAUAAACAUUGGUUGCAUUUUGGAAUAUGAGUUUGUAUUUAUCAUUGCUACCAUUUUCAAACAUCUAUGUAGUAAUAUUGAGUUGUUAUUGAUGUUCUUACAUAUUUACGUAUCAUUUUAAAAGAAAAAAAUCCGAAAAAAAACCAAUAUCUGUACAGUUAAAUUUUUAAUCUGUAUUAAUUUUAGUCCAUUUGGGUUUGGUUUCCUAGGUUUUUUAUUAUCUGUAGUCUUAACAUAGAUUAAACAUAAAGUACCAUAGAGAAUUUUUAAUUUUCACCGGUUUUUUCAAAGAGUAUAUAAACCCUUUAUGGUUUUCAUAAUAUUUCGAUCAGUUACAAUAGUUUGUCCCGAACAUCAUAAAGUUACAAAAUUAGAGUAUAUCUUAAAACAAUGAAAAAGUUAAAACGUUAAAAUUAGUAACGGUGAUAUUAUAACCUCUUUUUAACAGUUUCCAAGCAACCAGUUGUUUGAAUUUUAGUAAUAAUUUGACCAGCAUUUAAACUCUUCCUAAAACUAGUUUUGUUUUGUAUUGUGCAAGUAACUGAUUAAAUCUAUUUAUUAUUAUUUUAUUUUAAUGACUGACAUAAAAAGUAUUUUUAAACAACAAUGCAUAGUGCCAGAUGUAUUGACUACAGCCCCCUCGGAUUUUAUAAGCAUCCAAUAUCCUAGUGGAGUUUCUGUCGACAUCGGAAAAGAGUUAACUCCUACUCAAGUGAAAGAUAAACCCAAUGUAAAAUGGGCAGCUAAAGAUUCAGAAUACUAUACUCUUGCUUUAGUUGAUCCUGAUGCCCCGAGUCGAGAAAAUCCAAAGUUUAGAGAAUGGCAUCACUGGCUUGUUGGGAACAUUUUAGGUGGAGACAUGAACAAAGGGGUAGUAUUGUCUGACUACAUCGGAUCUGGACCGCCAAAAGGAACGGGAUUACAUCGCUACAUAUUUUUGGUAUAUAAACAACAGGAUAAAUGUGAUUUCUCAAAGGUGCCUAAGUUGCCUAGUAAUUCUGGCGAUAAAAGAGGUAAAUUUAAUAUCUGUAAGUUUGCCCAGCAGUUUAAAUUGGGCACGCCGGUGGCAGGGAACUUUUUUUUGGCCAAAUAUGAUGACUACGUACCAAAGCUGUAUGCGAAGUUGAAAGGAUAAUAAUUCUCUAAAUCAGAAAAAAAUAUU